AUGUCUGCAUACUGUGAGGAGGAUUUUGAGUCACUACCACCUGCUGUGAGACGAAAGUUCUUCUCGAAUGUCGAGCGUUUGCGCAUUCGGUUAGGGCAGAGCGAUCACGGUUCUCCUGCAUUCUCCACGAACUAUGGCCGAGCUCGACCCAAUGCUCGCCUUGGCUACUCUCGCAGGCAAGGUUCGAGGAGACGCGGUCUUGAGAAACGUUCUCCGUCUCCUAAGAAACUACGCAAGCCAGGAUCUCUUCAAUUAGCCUACUUGGCCGCCCAAGCUGACUCGCAAUGCUUCCACGCUCUCCCCGCUAAGAUCCAACAAAGGCUUUUCUCACCCGACGAGCAACGGCGUCUCCGAAAGGCCUAUCGGCACAGUCUCAUUUACGACGCAGCCGACGUUGCCUAUCGUCGAGACCUGGCGCGUCCCUGGACCUCCAUCGGCUGUUCCUCCACUGCCAGUCCCCCCUCAGAGAGUGUCUCCAUUGCGCAGACAUCCACGGCCUUUUGGGAUUCCGACUCCGAGUCAGACGAAGAGACAGAUCCCAACAUGGAUCCCACCUUUUACGACAACUUCCGGUGGCUCGAUGAAGACGGUGACCUCGACUUGUCGCUGGAUGAGUAUCAUGCGCAUGUUGCAGACGCCGCCACACGCAAGAAAUCCCGUCGUCCCUCGUUCCGCCGCUCCUUAUCCUUCAGCAAUCAGUUGCGCCGCAAACAACUAGAACCCAUCAUCCCCAUCUCUGCGCGUGGACUGCCUCUAGUCAGCCAAUCUCAACCCUUGACUCCUCUCUCCAACCGUUCAGAAUCCCGUCCAGCGUCCCGACACCGGCCUUUCCAACAUGAGCCCAAAUCCUCCACAUCGAGCAUCGAUCCAUCGGCGCAAUAUUACCAAGACCCUGAUGCGCGCUUGAAAUUGCGAGUAUAUCUCGCAUCCCCACAAAAGUUCGAUGAAGCCAUUGAGUUUGGAUUCCCGUCAUUGGAACAAAAGAAGGAGGAAAAUGUGGCCCCGGAGAACUCCCCCAGACCGACUCUGGUCGAUCAGGACUUUGGCACAUUCUUCGAAGACGACGAUGGCACGAUGGUGGGGAGCCCAGGAGGUUCAGUCCAUGAUGCAUUACCUUCUCCUACUUCGAUCCCAUCACCGCGAGAGGCACCUCGACCGUCGGUAGAAUCAUCUCUCAUGCAACGACGCCAAUCAUGGCUACCUGGCGCCAAGGGAGUUCCACAGCGACUCCCAGGGAACCGCGAGAUGACAUUGAAAAUGACUCUCACUCGGCCUGAUCUCCGGACCGACUCUCCUACUCCAUCUCAAUCCUCCAAGGAAGAUCCCUUGCGACUGGCUGAGCUUCCCCCUGCGGAUCGCCCUCAGUCGAUCUGGGACUCCGACCUGGAGGAUCAAGGCAUGAUGAGAAAGAUGUGGCGCAAACUUCGACGUCACGUUUAA